AUGUCGGACCCUACUAUCAAAGGACUUGGCGCGCCCACUACUGUCUACGAUGGCGCACCACUGCGUAUCGCUAUCGUUCACGCGAGAUGGAACGAUGUUAUCAUCAACGCGCUCGUUGAGGGGACCGUGAAGAAGCUCAAGGAGCUCGGUGUCAAGCAGGAGAAUAUCGUGUUGAAGAGCGUACCGGGAAGCUACGAGCUUCCUAUGGCAGCCAAGAUGCUGAUUGAAGGCGGAAAGACCCAGUCUUCUAACGCCGCGCCAUCCAUGCUCGCAUCCACUACCAAUCUCCUUUCCCUCAUUGACACCGUCAACCCUACCACACCUUCAACCAGCUCCACACCUGCCCCUCCCAAAUCUAUCAUCCCCACCCAGCCCUUCAACGCCAUUAUCGCCAUAGGGUGCCUCCUCAAAGGCUCAACGAUGCACUUUGAAUACAUCUGCGACGCGGUCAGCCACGGCUUGAUGCGCGUUCAGCUGGAUACGGGAACGCCGGUCAUUUUUGGGGUGUUGACGUGUCUCACGGAAGAUCAGGCGUUGGAGCGGGCAGGUGUUGGACGGAAGGGCGAUAAGGGACACAACCACGGCGAGGACUGGGGAGCAGCAGCUGUCGAGCUGGCAGCACAAAUAGCGGACUGGUCCAAGGGGAAUGUGUAA